GGCGGGGCCAUGUUUCCGGGACUCCCCUGCGGCGGGGGCUUCAGGCGUUUUGAGCUCGGUAUGUGGCGUCUGGCUCGCGCGGCGUGCGAGCAGACUGCGAAGAGUUACAAGCUUUUCCGCCCUCCGUGCAGGCCUACCGCCCUCAUGUCCACUCUGCUGAUCAAUCAUCCCCAGUAUUCUUGGCUGCAAGAGCUGGGGCUCCGCGAGGAAAACGCGGGCGUGUAUAAUGGACACUGGCGCGGCGGAGGAGAGGUAAUUACGACCUAUUGUCCUGCUAACAAUGAGCCAAUAGCAAGAAUCCGACAGGCCAGUUCGGAAGACUAUGAAGAAACUAUAAAGGAAGCCAAGGAAGCAUGGAAAAUGUGGGCAGAGAUUCCUGCCCCAAAGCGAGGAGAAAUAGUGCGAAAGAUUGGCGAUGCCUUGCGGGAGAAGAUUCGGGUGCUGGGCAAGCUGGUGUCUCUGGAGAUGGGGAAGAUCUUAGUGGAAGGCAUAGGAGAAGUUCAGGAGUACGUGGACAUUUGUGAUUACGCGGCUGGCUUGUCAAGGAUGAUCGGGGGACCCGUCUUGCCUUCUGAAAGACCUGGCCAUGCUCUCAUCGAGCAGUGGAACCCGUUAGGCCUGGUGGGGAUCAUCACUGCCUUCAAUUUCCCCGUGGCCGUGUUUGGCUGGAACAAUGCCAUCGCGCUGAUCACAGGGAACGUCUGCGUUUGGAAAGGAGCGCCAACAACUUCUCUUGUUAGCAUAGCCGUCACAAAGAUCAUUGCCAAGGUUUUGGAGGACAACCAGCUCCCCGGUGCCAUUUGUUCCCUGACUUGUGGUGGAGCAGAUAUUGGCACAGCAAUGGCCAAGGAUUCACGUGUGAACCUGCUGUCCUUCACCGGGAGCACCCAGGUUGGGAAGCAGGUGGCCCUCAUGGUGCAGGAGAGGUUUGGGAAAAGCUUGUUAGAGCUUGGAGGAAACAAUGCCAUUAUUGCUUUUGAGGAUGCAGACCUUGGCCUGGUUCUUCCAUCAGCUCUGUUUGCCGCCGUGGGAACAGCCGGCCAGAGGUGUACCUCUGUGAGGAGACUGUUUUUGCACGAAAGCAUCCACGAGGAAGUUGUAUCAAGACUGAAAGGUGCCUACUCGCAGAUCCGUGUUGGGAACCCCUGGGACCCAAAUAUUCUCUAUGGACCACUGCAUACCAAACAGGCAGUGAGCAUGUUUCUUCGAGCCGUGGAAGAAGCGAAGAAACAAGGAGGCACAGUGGCCUUCGGGGGCAAGGUGAUGGAUCAUCCUGGCAAUUACGUAGAACCCACCAUUAUCACCGGCCUGCCCCAUGAUGCCCCCAUCGUGCAUGAGGAGACUUUCGCCCCAAUUCUCUAUGUCUUCAAAUUCAAGAACGAAAGAGAGGUCUUCGAGUGGAACAAUGAAGUGAAACAAGGACUCUCGAGUAGCAUUUUUACCAAGGAUUUGGGCAGAAUCUUCCGAUGGCUUGGACCCAAAGGUUCAGACUGUGGCAUUGUGAACGUCAAUAUUCCGACCAGUGGGGCUGAGAUUGGUGGUGCCUUUGGAGGAGAGAAGCACACUGGCGGCGGCAGGGAGUCUGGCAGCGAUGCCUGGAAGCAGUACAUGCGAAGGUCCACAUGUACCAUCAACUACAGCACGGACCUUCCUCUGGCUCAAGGCAUCAAGUUUGAGUGACGAUGCUUCAAUUUGACCUCACAGUCUGCGGCUGCUCUGAAGAGGCCCUAGAGAACUUCGAUUUGCCCUGAUUGUUUUAUGUACCUAGAGUGGCUAAUAUCUACUGAUCCCCAAAUGUGACUAAAUCAAGAUACCCAUUUUUCAGAUUUUCAAAUUAAAUAUUCUCAACCUAGUUACAUUUAGCAAAAGAUGGGUUUGGUGAAUUUGUGUCAUAGGUUACCCUUUUUAUUACAGUUAAUUAUUUCUUAGUUAAGUACAUGCAAUCACCGGAGAUUGGGGGUGUGGAAAACAGAUUAGAGAGGAAGAAGAGUGUUUGCCUGCAUGACAGAAGGGAACACCAGAUCUCAUUACAGAUGGUUGUGAGCCACCACAUGGUUGCUGGGGAUUGAACUCAGGACCUGUGCUCUUAACCUCUGAGCCAUCUCUCCAGCCCAGAAGAAGAGUCUUUGUGUAGAAUGAUGAAGACUGUCUUCUGAAUAGUGUCGAGUACUCACGGUCCCCUCCUCUGGCAGGGAUUGAAGGGACGAGGUACCCUCACAUGCUGGGGACCACAGAUCUGAGUAGUGUCUAAUCAGUCCCCAAGAUGAAGGCUGUCUUCUGAGUAGUGGCACAGUCCUCUCCUCUGCCAGGGGUUUGAAGGGGCGAGGCACCCUUACUUGUUUGGGACCACAGCACAGUUUCAGGUACAUGUCUUGCAGUGUUCCAAAUGACAGUGGGUUAUUGUUGGGCGAGGUGAGGGAUUUAGGUCAGUUGUGAAUGGUUGCCUAGCGUGUGUGAAGUUCUGGGUUCGAUUCCGAGCUCUAAAGCAACAACAGCAAAAAAAGGCUCUAAUGGCAAAGAAUGUCUACCCACUUAUGACUCCUGCUUGUGACUGUCAAACAGGAAGAAAAGGGUGGGGAUAGAUAGACCUUCAUUCUUGUCCCAGAACUUGUCACCUGCUGGGAACUCUGGGACUGAAGUCACUCAUGAAGCACAUCUGGAUGCCUUAAGUGACCUCAGAGCGUAUGCCAGGGCAGGCUGGUGCAACUGCUCAUGGGUUCUUCUCAGUCUCAGUCUCACAGUGCACCCAGGAAAGAUCACUGCUGAGCGUCUAAGGUCUCAUUGGGAAGCUGUGGACAGGCCCAGUGUACCUGUUCCGUGGUACUGUCACUGUCCUCCAGCGUAGCAGCCACCACCGUGCCUGCUCCUGUCAUACUGAGCCCACGCAGAAGCCACUGGAGACUAGGACGUUUGUAGGUAACUUGACGCAUCAUAGACGACCAUAAAGAGUUGGGGGGCUGAUUUGAUUGCAGUGUGGGGAAGUGGCACUGGUUUCAGAUUUGUGUUCACACUGCUCUGUUGUCACCUGUGGGUAGCAUUGAGUGGCAGGUCCUUGCCAUCCUUGGAUAAGAGCCAAGCUAAAUACCGAUGAUGGAGCUACUGAGAGGGUGUUGGCAGGAGUGAGGGUAGGGAAAAAAGACCGUUCGUUUCUUGAGGAAAAUUUGACAGUGCCCCAAAUUACUAGGAAACUGACAUGGCUUGCUAAGAUUUGGGGGUGGACUCUAAAUCACUGCUGUGGCCAUGAGGACAAAUUGCCCUUUUUCUUUUUUUUAAGCUGUUUAUUUUUUAUUUUAUUUUUUAAAAUUUAUUAUGUAUACAGUGUUCUGCCUGCGUGCAUACCUGCACCCCAGAAGAGGGCACCGGAUCUCAUUACAGAUGGUUGUAAGCUACCCUGUGGUUGCUGGGAAUUGAACUCAGGACCUCUGGAAGAACAGUUAGUGCUCUUAACCACUGAGCCAUCUCUCCAGCCCCAAAUUGCCCUUUUUCAUAACACACAGAAUGCAGUGAGCUGACCAGUUCCUACUGCCUACAUUAGAACUCUUCUUGAGACAGGCUUUUUUUUUUUUCACCCAGGAAUCUCAAUAAUUGAGAUUAUAUGUGUGUGUCACUGCCUUGAUUGUUUAAAGCAAGAGAAUGAAGUUGGAGAAUCAGGAACUUGGAAUGUAGUUCCCACACCAGGUACACAUCUGGAAUCUUAGCAUUCAAGAGGCAGAGACGAGGAUCAUGAGUUCUAGGCCAUCCUUCAGAACAAGAUAUCACGAAAAAAACAAAACAAAAAUGCAGUCAGGACUAGAACUUUAACUCUGGAUGGCCUUGACCCUAGAGAUCCACCUGCCUCUGCCUCCCAAGUGCUGGGAUUAGAAGUCUACUAUCGCACCUGACUAGUACUCAUUUUGCUCAAACACAAAAAACCAUCUUACACUUCAGGUAAAAUUUAAGGAGCUAUGUAUGAUGGUGUGGCAUGUGCAGAAGGUACCUUGAUGGGGAACUAAAAGCUGAUCCAGAGGUUCCUUUGGAAGUUCAUCAUUUUUAUGUAUUUCUAGCAUGAGGACCUGGUUUGUUGUCAUAAUGUUUUUAUUAAAACUUUAACUUUUAAGUUGUUCUCUGUACUUCUUUUUUACUGAUUUAAGAAAUAAAGAUUACUUACUUGUGUGUGA